GUAUGUGAUGUGUAUCUAUUUUACUUUGCAAAAUUAUUAACUUUUGAACUAGUUGAGUGAAUUUCAGCCAUUACAUGCGAUACCAAAAACACCCAUGGACGGAAGACAACUACCCUCAAUGCGUCACGAAUUAUCCUUAUCAAUAGCGAAUCCACCAGGUACACCUGAACAAGAAGAAGAUCUAGAAGACGACGACGAUUCUUCCUUGUACCUGGAUGACCAAAGUAAUUUAGACAUUUCUGGUGCCUCCGAAAUUAUAUCCACCAGUAGUCGUAUUCACCUUGAAGAAACAUUACUGCCUCCUAGUGUUUCCUCUGGAGACUUGUAUAAACAUAUACCUAAAAAUCUUGAUAAUGCUGCAAAACUGAGGCAAAUUAUUUAUUGGGCAGCAAAAGAGGAGUUGCGAAGAGAAUCUACCUUGAGAUACCCCAGUUUAAGUAAAGAAGAGAGUGAGAUAAAAGCCAUUUCAUAUCAACUAAAGUUAAAGUUCUUGGACUUACUUGCCAAUGGUGAAGUCCCCUUGUCUUGGGUGACUACAAAUCCUACAAUUGAAGUAAAAAAGAGACCGAACCCAAGAAAUGUGAAAAAUCAAGAAAAGAUAAAAAGGCUAGAAUAUGCAAUUGAUUGGUAAGAAUUCAUUUAGACUAGAGAGAACUUUAUAAUAAUGCAUGUGGUGUAGCUUAAAGAGAGAGGAAGAAGAG